AUGGAUAAGUUGAAUGGUAUCGUCAAUCGAGAAGACAUUAGAUUAGCACAGGAUUUUCUCAGGGACCUCCAGCUUCUUGAGCCUCCUAGCAUGGGAAAGAAAUAUACUUGGACAAAUGGGCAAGCUAAUCCAAUUUGGGUUAAGCUAGAUAGAUUCCUAAUUAAUUCGGACUGGGUUGAGAUGUUCCCUAAGGCCAUACAACACAGCCUCCCUCGUCUAAGGUCUGACCAUGUGCCAAUUAGGCUGGAAUCUGGGGCCCACAGUCCUAUUCCUCGAUUCUUUCGUUUUGAGCAAGCUUGGUGCAUGGCUAAAAACUUCGGGAACCUCAUUAGGGACUGGUGGGACUCCCCAUCCUUGCAGGGAUGCAGUACAUUCAUUCUGGCAAAGAAGUUUUCGAGAACGAGAGAGCAUCUCAGAAAUUGA